AUGAGCCUGCUCAAGGAGCGGAAGCCCAAGAAGCCUCACUACAUCCCCCGGCCUCCGGGGAAGCCGUUCAAGUACAAGUGCUUCCAGUGCCCCUUCACCUGCAACGAGAAGUCACACCUGUUCAACCACAUGAAGUACGGCCUCUGCAAGAACUCCAUCACUCUGGUGUCCGAGCAGGACCGCGUGCCCAAGUGCCCCAAGGCCAACUCUGCGGAGCCGAAGCAAACAAGCCCAGCAGAUGCCAAGGUGGCCUCCUCCAGGACGGCCACCAAUGGGCUCCAGCAUGGGUUUGCCAAAGAAGACACCAAGGAGAACCUGGAGAUGCGCACGCGCACGCCACACCAGCCACCAGCGCAGAAGCUGGCUCUGCCUAAGGACACGGUGCCUCGAAGCCCAGCCCCCGACGCCGUGCCUGUCCUGGAGGGCGUCGGCCGGCCGUCCGCCUUUGUGCCCGUGGGAGAGCACAGACUUCAGGGCUCAGAGCACAGCGACGUCCCCGAGAUGCUGGCCUUACCAAGCCCUGCCUCCAAGGCUGCCUCCUUCCACACCAAGUCCGCAUUCCACGCACCCAGCUACCCCUGGAAGGCAGGCUCACCCUUCCUCCCACCUGAGUUUCCCCAUAAAAUCCCAUCCACAAAGGGCUUCAGUGCACUCUCCCCCUAUGCACAGUCCCCUCUCCCAGAGUACCCGCCCCACUUCUACACAGAGCACGGACUGGCCACCAUCUACUCCCCCUACUUGCUGCCCAGUGCCCCGCCUGAGGGUGACAGCGCUCUGCUAUCGGUAUAUGGGGCCCAGGAGCACAGACACUUCCACCCACACCCCGGGCCACUCCCCAAGCACCUGAGCACCCCCCCAUCCACAUAUGACCACUACAGGUUCUUCCAGCAAUACCACGCCAGCCUACCCCUCCCCUAUAGCUUCUACCGGCCCGAGUCCGCCUUCUCUGCCUAUGGCCUCAAGCUGCCACACCUUGCAGGACUGGCUCGAGACCCUAGCACCCACCUGCUGGAGGAGACCACCCUGGUCUACCCCAACCUGAGCCCUUCCAAGCUGACCCCGUUAAGCUCCCACAAGAAGAACACAGAGUUUGGGAAGGAAAGUCCAAGUCCCCAGGCCAGGGACACCACCAAAGACGGGCAGAGAGAGACGGAGGGGGCCAAGAUGAGUCCUCGGGCAGGCAGUGCGGCCACCGGCUCCCCAGGGAGGCCAAGCCCCACCAACUUCAUGCAGACAAGUCACGCAUGCGAGAGCCUGUGUGACCUCUCAAGCAAGCCGGCCCCCAGCCCCCUGGGGGGGCUACACCCACCUGAGCAGAUCCCCAUAGGCUCCAAGCCUGCAGACUGCCCCAGUCCCCAGGAGCCAGCACAGGGGGCCAAGUCUCCAGGAAGCCUGGAGGAGGCCAACGAAGAACUCCCUUCUCAGACAGGGGGCGCCUCGCCAAGCCUACAGGGUGGCUCCGGAGCAGCCCCCUUGAACCUUUCCACAAAGUCGGUGAUGGCGGCCUGCGGACACACAUACAGAGACGCGGCGCCCCUGGACACGCAGAACUUCCCUGAGCUGCAGGACAUGCCCCUCGACCUGUCCGUGAAGGACGCCUGCAAUGCCCUGGGGCCAAGGUCAUCCCUGCGCAGUCCUCCGAGAGAGGCAGAGUCUGCUGUUGCUCAGGAGACCACAGACAACCCCCAGGAAGGGCCACUGGGCAGCGAGACGGGCCCAGAUGGCCCAGAGGAGGAGCCAGCAGAAGGGGCCCCAGGUGGCAGGGCCUCAGACGAGCGCACAGUCGACAGCAGCGAUGAGCAGAAGCAGACGGCUGCAGUGGCCCUCUGCCAGCUAGCUGCCUACAGCCCAGGGAAGGCCAGAGUGGACAGUGAGGAGUGCAGUGUCCGAGGGCCAGUGACUGAGCAGGACACACCUGUGCUCAGCACCAAGGAGAAUCGGGACACCCAGAGCAGUGCACCCAAGCCCAGAGCACAGAAAAGGUCACAGAAGGACUCAGGGAAGUCCCAGGCUGGAGCGAAAAGAACCGCGCCCAACGACACAGCCCGAGUGCUCACGCUGAGGAGGAGGACCCGGUGCCUCAAUGCCUGA